AUGGUACAUAUUCCUCAGUCUAGUCAGAGAUCUAUGGUUCUCGAAUGUAGCUACGUGGUCGUUGAACACAAAGAUCCGAUCAGAGGAAAUUGGCACAGAGCACUCGUUAAGAAAACCGAUAUGAAUACUGAAACUGUUCAUGUCAUGCUUGUUGAUUGGGGAUUGAAUGCUGUUGUUUCAUGGUCUAGCGUCAGAUUGCUGUCGGAAUCUUUCACCAAAUUAGAAUCUCAGGCUGUGUUAGUAAAAAUGGUUCACGUUGAACCCUCCGAAGUAGGACAACCUUGGUCAGAAUCAGCUAAGGUGUUCUUGCAGAAAUUUUUCCGAAUGCAGGACGUCCUCAAAAUGGUGGUUCAUAAUGUUGAUCCGCUAGAGGUCGCCUUAUUCGAAUGUCUUGGCAAUGUUGACAUUUGCAUCAAUGCCCAGUUAGUAGCAGAGAACUACGGGAGGUCUUCUGGAACAGUGUAA